AUGGCAAAGAAGUCAAAGAAGAAUCAACAAAAUUACUGGGAUGAGGAUUUUGAAGAAGAUUCACCCCAAACGGAGGAAUUGGGUGAGCCUUCCGUAGAAGCUACCCCAGAAGUUCCCUCCGAAGAGCAAGGUACCCCAGAAGCUGAAGUUGCCGAAGCAACCGAGGCAACUGAAGCUGACUUCAUGUCCACUUUGAAGAAAUCUAAGAAGAAGCAAGAAAAGAAGGAUACAGAACAAGAUGCCGGAAAACCUGUUUUGAAAUCAAAGAAGGAAAAGGAAAAGGAAAAGAAGGAAAGAGAGAAGCAGAAGAAGAAGGAGCAAGCUGCCAAAAAGAAGGCUCAACAACAAGCACAGAAAGAGAAAAACAAGGAGCUUAACAAGCAGCAAGCUGAAGCUGCCGCAGAGGCCAAGGCUAAGAAAGAAAGUUCGAAAGAAUCAUCUCCUGCACCAUCGAGCGCUCCUAAGAAGCCUGCUAAAAAGGUUCCAGCUGGUUUGGCCGCUCUGAAACGUCAACUAGAGUUGAAAAAACAAUUGGAAGAAGAAGAACGUGCCGCCAGGGAAGAAGAAGAACGUCUAGAAAGAGAAGAACAGGAACGCCAAGCGAAGGCAGAAGAGGAAAAGGAAGAAGCCAAGCGCGUCAAAAAGGAAAAGGAAAAAGCUAAACGUGAAAAGCUAAAGGCAGAGGGCAAACUCCUGAGCAGAAAGCAAAGAGAAGAGAAAAAGCUUUUGGAGAAGAGGCGCGCCGCCUUGUUAGCAGCUGGUAACAUUCAUGUCGCUGGUCUAGCCAAGAAAGAAGGAGAAGGUCAGGCUAAGCCUAAGAAGGUUGUUUAUGGGAAGAAGAAGAAGAAGAGUGCUGAAGAUAAGGAAGCAGAAAAAGCUGCCGAAGCAAGGAAUGCUCAGGCGACCUCCAACGCCGAAGAGGAGCAGGACGAAGAAGCAUUAAUUGAUGAUUGGGAGAAUUUGGCAUUGGACGAAGAUGAAGAAGGUCAAGAAAAAACUCCUGAAGCCGAGGAAGAGGAAACUGAACCUCAAACUCCAGAAACUGGAUUGGAAGUUAAUGAGGACACAAGAAAAAACAUUGUUCCUCAGGAAAGUGCUGAAGUGAAGGCGGAUGUGGUCGUCAGUUCGACUACAACUCCAUCACCAGCUCCUGCUUCCAAUAAGAGAGACUUGCGUUCUCCUAUCUGCUGUAUUUUGGGUCAUGUCGAUACUGGUAAAACCAAACUACUGGAUAAGAUCAGACAAACAAACGUCCAGGGAGGUGAAGCUGGUGGUAUUACUCAACAAAUCGGUGCUACUUAUUUCCCAAUUGAUGCCAUUAAGCAAAAGACUGCAGUCAUGGCAGAUUAUGAAAAACAAACAUUUGAUGUUCCAGGUUUGUUGGUCAUCGAUACUCCAGGUCACGAAUCGUUCACGAACUUACGUUCAAGAGGUUCUUCCUUAUGUAACAUUGCUAUUUUGGUGAUCGAUAUCAUGCACGGUCUAGAACAGCAAACAAUCGAGUCCAUCAGAUUACUGAGGGACAGAAAGGCACCUUUCGUGGUGGCCUUGAACAAAAUCGAUAGAUUGUACGACUGGCAAGCUACACCAAACAACUCAUUCAGAAGCUCUUUCGAGAAGCAACCAAGAGCAGUUCAACAAGAGUUUCAAACUAGAUUGGAUGGUAUCAAGGUUGCUUUGGCUGAACAAGGUUUGAACUCAGAACUAUACUUCCAGAACAAGAAUAUGGCUAAGUAUGUUUCUAUUGUUCCUACUUCUGCUGUGACCGGUGAAGGUGUACCAGAUCUGUUGUGGCUAUUGUUAGAAUUGACUCAAAAGAGAAUGUCUAAACAGUUGAUGUACCUAUCCCACAUUGAAGCUACUAUUUUGGAAGUUAAAGUUGUCGAAGGUUUCGGUACCACGAUUGAUGUUAUCUUGUCAAAUGGUUAUUUAAGAGAGGGUGACAGAAUUGUGCUCUGUGGUAUGAAUGGCCCCAUCGUAACAACAAUAAGAGCGCUUUUGACUCCUCAACCUUUACGUGAGUUGCGUUUGAAAUCUGAAUACGUUCACCACAAAGAGGUUAAGGCUGCAUUAGGUGUAAAAAUUGCUGCCAACGAUCUAGAAAAGGCCGUCUCUGGUUCUAGGCUUUUAGUUGUGGGUCCUGAUGAUGAUGAGGAAGAGAUGAUGGAUGAUGUCAUGGAUGACCUAACAGGUCUUCUGGAUUCUGUUGAUACAUCUGGUCGCGGUGUUGUCGUCCAGGCCUCGACCUUGGGUUCUUUGGAAGCUCUGUUAGAUUUCUUGAAAGAUAUGAAAAUUCCAGUUAUGUCCAUCGGAUUGGGUCCUGUCUACAAGAGAGAUGUCAUGAAGGCUGCGGCAAUGUUGGAAAAAGCUAAAGAGUUGGCAGUAAUGUUGUGUUUCGACGUUAAAGUCGACAAGGAAGCUGAACAGUAUGCUGAUGAGCAAGGCAUUAAAAUUUUCAAUGCUGAUAUCAUUUAUCAUCUGUUCGACGCUUUCACUGCUUACCAGAAUAAACUUUUGGAGCAACGUCGCAAAGACUUCUUACAAGAUGCCACCUUUCCAUGUGUUCUGAACACAUUGCAAAUCAUCAACAAACGUAGUCCUAUGAUUAUUGGUGUUGAUGUCAUGGAAGGCUCAUUGCGUAUGGGAACACCAAUUUGCGCUGUUAGAACAGACCCAACGACAAAGGAGAAGAACAUUUUGCUUCUAGGUAGAGUAGUGGGUCUUGAAAUCAACCAUCAAGCAGUUUCAGAAGUUAAGAAGGGGCAAACAGCCGCUGGUGUUGCCGUUCGUUUGGAAGACCCAUCGGGCCAACAACCAAUCUGGGGUCGUCAUGUUGACGAAAAGGACACUUUAUAUUCUCUAAUCACGAGAAAGUCUAUUGACACAUUGAAAGAUCCUGCAUUCAGAGAUCAAGUUGCUAGAUCCGACUGGCUGUUGCUGCGUAAACUAAAAGUCGUUUUUGGUAUUGAAUGA